AUGUACUCCAGCAAUUUGAUCGGUUUCAUAUUGGCCGUUGUUUCCGGAGCUUUCAUCGGCUCCAGUUUCAUUAUCAAGAAAAAAGGUCUCCAACGUGCCGGCCUUAACGGCACUCCUGCUAGUGUCGGAGGGUAUGGUUAUCUUCUUCAGCCUCUUUGGUGGAUCGGAAUGGUUACAAUGAUUGUUGGAGAGAUUGCGAAUUUCGUAGCGUAUAUUUAUGCCCCUGCUGUUCUUGUUACGCCACUUGGUGCUUUGAGUAUUAUUGUCAGUGCUGUGUUGGCUCAUUUCAUGUUGGGUGAGAAGUUACAGAAAAUGGGCAUGCUUGGGUGUCUUCUAUGCAUUGUUGGAUCUACUGAGAUUGUGCUCCAUGCACCUCAAGAAAAGUCUCUUACUUCUGUGCUAGAAAUAUGGCUUUUGGCUGUUCAACCAGCAUUUCUCUUGUACAUAGCCUCGGCAAUGGCUGUGUCAUUCUUUUUGAUUUUUUAUUGUGCACCUCGCCACGGCCAAACUAAUAUCUUUGUUUAUAUUGGGAUAUGCUCCGUAAUUGGAUCAUUGACUGUCAUGAGUGUAAAAGCGAUUGGCAUAGCCAUUAAACUUACAUUUGAUGGUUCAAAUCAGUUUGUCUACUUUCAAACAUGGAUUUUUAUAAUGGUCGGCAUUUCCUGCAUCAUUACUAAUUUAAAUUACCUUAAUAUGGCAUUGGAUACUUUCAACACAACAGUAGUUUCUCCAAUCUAUUAUGCAUUGUUCACUUCCUUUACAAUAUUAGCCAGCGCAAUCAUGUUUAAGGACUAUUCAGGACAAAGUAUAAGCAGUAUUGCAUCAGAGCUAUGUGGUUUCAUCACUGUUUUAUCUGGAACAACCGUAUUGCACUGCAAUAGAGUACCUGAUCCUCCAGUGAGUACAGAUGUGUACAGUCCCCUGUCUCCAAAAGUAUCAUGGUAUAUCCAACAAGGAAACGGCGAACCCUGGAAACAGAAGGAAGAAGAUGGACCGCCCCUUAAUUUAAUUAGGAUCAUCCAGCAAGACCAUUUCAAGUGA